AUAAUCUUGGUGGAAGAAGCGAUAUCGCGCGUAGAAGGAGUCGUUUGGCUUAAACGUGCGCGUCCGUUUGAAAUCGACUCUUCAGUUCAUUUCGAAUAGUUCAAGUUUUCCGUAAUGGGUUGUACUAGACGGGUUGUUUUAGUGCUCGUUCUUGUCGCGAUAAGUUUCGUAAAAGCGAAGAACUUGGGUUUCGGCAUAAACGAAAAUAAAUCCAUCGAACAUGAUUUCCAAACGAACGAUACCGAAAUCAUAAACUGUCCGACAAAUAAAGAAUCGAUUGAUGAAUUUCCAUCGGAUAUCUUCAACCAGUUCCAGAGAAUACACGGUGCCAUAAUAUUCCAUUUAAUAAUCGGAUUCUAUUGUUUCGUAUUGAUCGCAUUCGUCUGCAAUGAUUACUUUUUACCAUCGGUGUUUUGUAUUUGCCAAGAUUUGCAUUUAUCGCCCGAUAUCGCUGGGGCAACAUUUAUGGCAACUGCAACUUGUGCCCCGGAGUUAUUCGUUAAUGUUAUUGGAACCUAUUUGACCGAGUCCGAUCUAGGAAUUGGAACAGUAGUUGGCAGUGCAGUUUGCAAUAUACUCGGAGUAACCGCGUGCGCCGGACUCGCUGCUAGCAAGAAUAUAAAAUUGGAAGUCUGGCCUUUGCUACGUGAUAGCGGAACUUACAUAAUCGUGGUCGGAUUAUUAGCUGUGAUAUUGGCCGAUGGAGUCGUCCAGUGGUACGAAGCACUCGUACUGUGCAUAUUAUACUUUGUGUAUUUCAUCCUGAUGUUUACCCAAAAACGUAUCAAAACUGCGGCCAAUAAAAUACUAACUUCGAAAAAUUCGUUCAAUUCGACAUCUUCGAUGGACGCAAUUAUGUCUGGAGUACCUGCAGAACCUGUUUACGGAACAUAUCGACCAUUUUAUUUCGGCGAUUAUGUUCCUCAUGGACAUGGACAUGGUUCACAUAAUCAUAAUUCUCAUAACGAAAAGCCAUCGCAACAAAACAAAGAAGGCAAUAACGAAAAACAAAGCAUCGACGAAAUCGAACCUAUAUGCUCACCUCCUGGAGGAUUUUUGAUGAACAUUUGGUGGUUAAUGUCGGUACCGGUGUCACUGGUGUUAUCCGUAUCCAUUCCAGACUGCAGGGUGUAUAGGAAGAUCUAUCCGUUGACGUUCAUCAUGUGUAUUGUUUGGAUUGGGAUUUGCUCGUAUAUUGUGUCCUGGAUGAUGACAAUAUUCGGUUACACAUUCCAAAUUAACGACGCAGUGAUGGGUAUAACAUUCAUAGCAGUCGGUGGCAGUAUUCCAGAGGCAUCUUCUGCGGUUGUAAACGCCAGAAAUGGAAUUGGAUCUAUGUCAAUUAGCAAUGCCUUGGGAGCGAAUACUUUGGAUAUUUUGAUAUGUUUAGGAGGACCAUGGUUAAUAAAAACAUUACUUCCUGUUGAAAUUGGUGGAGGACCGAUCACAUUAGAAACUCGUGGUCUUGCUUUUAAUUGCUUAUGUUUAAUAGUAAGCGUUGUAAUUUUAAAUAUUGUAACUUACUCUAAUUCUUUUUAUAUGAAUCGUAUGUACGGUUUCAUUUGUUUAUUAUGUUAUUUUUUCUUCAUCACGCUUUUGAUAUUGUCUGAUAUGAAUGUUUUAUUCAAUUUUGGAACAAGUGCUUGCAGCUGAGAGUAGGAUUAUAUCUUACAACUACCUACUUGUUAUUAAAUUCGAACAAUUACAUACCUAUGUAUUUGUAUGAGAAUUUUUUUAGAUGAUGUAUUACGUAUUAGAUAUAUAGAUAUCCAUUUUUUUUAUUAUUUUUUUUUUACAACGAUAAAGUCAUAUAAGUUAGUUUACCUAUUUGUGUAAUCAGUUGAGGAAAGGUGUAAAUCAUGUGGCUCUAAAAUUAUUAUGAUUUUCAUCACUGGCGUCGCUAACCGGUGUGCCCGGUGUGCACGGGCACACCUGUUCAUUCUCAAAAAAAAAAAAAAAAUACAAAUCAAUUACUUGGGUAUAAAAUAAGUUUGAACUUGCAAUUUGGUUUGUUAAAUGGUUGUACUUACUGAUUCUUUCGCAUGGAUUCUUACAUCAAAGAAGGAUGAGAUGAUAAUCGAAGGAAGGGCAAAACAAAAUCAAUUAGAUGUGUUCUUUUUACACGGAUUUUGGCAGCUUUUCGAGAAUCUGGAUUUUGGCAAAUUUAUAAAUCCACAAGAAUCUGCUUGGGUAGCAGCUUUUGAAAAUGGAUUUUUGAUUUUACAUAGGAAAAGAAGACUUGAGGUUUUCAAAUAUUGGUGAAAGUAGUCUCAGAAAUGUUUUAAAAAAGAGAUUUAAAAAAACACCCAAAAUCCAGAUUCUCGAAAAUCUGUCAAAAUCCGUGUAAAAAAACACAUCUAAUGAUAAUAAACUGAUCAGAAUCCAUACUGUGCAUAAGAAUGACAAAAUAAGAGACAAGAGAUUGCACAGAAACAAACCCUUACAUCAUUAAAAAAAAAAAAAAACAUUUUUGGGCCAGAAUGAGAAUUUUGGUGUGGGGGGGGGGUGGAAAUUUUACAACUUGUUUUCAUAAUUUUGAAAAUUGGCACACCUGUUCAGAUUGUCUAGCGACGCCACUGAUUUUCAUAAGUUAACACUUUUCUUGAAUUGAUAACUUUCUUUCUCUUUUUUCUUGUAUGUUUUUAAGACUUGUUAUUAAUUUCUGUAUAUAAAUUCAUUAUGUAUCAAAUAUUACUUUAAAAUUAUGUACCUACCUAACUGUGUAACUACAUUAUUUUAUUUUUAUUUUUUUAGUUUAUAAGUACUCUAAAUUAAAAUGAAUACCUACACCAUAAGAAGAUAUUUCGCUUUAAGAAUUACUGAUUAUUGUUAUUAUUGGUUAAAAUUAUUUGAUUUAUUUUGCAAUUUUUUUUCUUUUCCACACAAAAUCAAUGAAAAAUACCAAGUAUUUUGUAGGUAAAGGUAUACCUACUUCCCUUUUCAUUUCAAUUUUGAAUUAUAUCUAGAUGCCGUCUAGUAAGUAUUAUUUAUUUGAUUUUGGAAUGUUUUUUUUUUUUUUUCAUACGCAAUGAAAUUGAAAAAAACUAUCAAUCCAUACCCCUUCCCUCACAGAUGUGAAUUAUCAUAUCGUGGUUCUGAAAUUAUUAUUAAGAUUGAAAAUCAAUAAGGAACUGAUUUUAGAAUUUUCUACUCAAUGAAUUGGAAAAAGAGAAUUAUCACGUUUCUGAUUCAUAUUUUCAUAUAAAUUUUCUUUAAUAAUUUUGUUACAUUUUUUAUAGCUCAAAUUUUACCGCGAACAUUUCUAUUGUAAUAAAAACUUCUAGUCCAAAUAUACUGUGUAGUAGUUUGCAUUUGCAAUACUUAAUAAAUUACGUUUUAUUGCCUUUUCAUAAUGCUUGAUGUGUACUUAACUUACGUACCUAUGUAAUUAGAUAUUUGUUUUGCAGUUCCUUUUUAAUCACUAAUUUAAUUUAUGUACGUACGUACUGUAUUUACAAACUUACUUAUAUAUUUUCAUACGAUUGUUGCUUGUACCUAGUAUUUUUCCAAAGAAAAAGCGAAGUAUGUUAUUGUAAUAUAUUUAAAUAUAUUGUACACUGUGA